AUUGGAUUAUAAUGCUGCGGGUAGGCCGCAUCACAGAUUCAGAAAUUAGAAACGAAAUAUAAGCAAUAUCAUGAGUCCGGCCCGUAACGUAGGCUCCAUGGAAUCUAAGACAGCUUCAAAUACUUUAAAUAUCUUUCGGAAUUUUCGACAUUGAUGAUGCGGUUGUUUUUUUCUUUUUGAGAUUGAAACAAAUCGAAAGGGAGAUAAGGAAGUAAUAAAUGGAAGGAAAUGAAACACUGCAAGACGACGCACGUGUGUCCAUCUAUUCCCUGUCAUAAAAGAAGGGAUUGAAGAGAAGCAGAAGAAGAAGAAGAAGAAGUAGUAGUUGUUGUUGUUGCAAAGGAGGAGUAGGCCGUGAAAGUGGGUGUGCAGAUGGUUGGGAAUAAAGGGGUGUAGUAGUGCCUGACAUUGAUAGAAAAAGCAGCAUUACAGAGAGAGAGAGAGAGAGAGAGAUAUGGGGAUGUAUGAGACAGUUAGAAGAGAUGAAGAUCCACUAGUCCUUGAUGCCAACACCCCUGAGAAUCUCUCUGCCGAUGUUGAAUCGUCUCUACUAAAUUCUCCCCGCAGUGAUGGUAGUGGUCGUGGUGGUGGAAACGCUUCAAAGAGACGUCUUGUUUCACUCGACGUUUUUCGUGGACUCACCGUGGCGAUUUUCAACUUAAACUUGUCGCAGAUUAUGAUACUUGUGGAUGAUGCGGGUGGAAUCUUGCCUGCAAUCAAUCACUCACCAUGGAAUGGUUUAACCCUUGCUGAUUUUGUCAUGCCCUUUUUCCUCUUUAUUGUUGGUGUUUCACUUGCCCUUGCAUACAAGAAUUUGUCAUCGGGCUAUUUGGCAACUAAAAUGGCAGUGGUAAGGGCUCUGAAGCUUCUAGUAUUCGGUCUUUUUCUCCAGGGAGGCUAUUUUCAUGGCCUGAACAAUCUAACUUAUGGAGUGGACAUUGAACAAAUUCGAUUGGCGGGUAUCCUUCAGAGAAUUGCAGUAGCAUAUUUUCUGGCAGCUGUAUGUGAGAUAUGGCUCAAGGGUGACAGCAAUGUUAAAUCAGGGUCUUCUUUGCUAAAGAAAUAUCAAUUCCAAUGGGCUGUGGUUUUGGUUCUUACUGUUGCAUAUUGUUCCUUGUUAUACGGUCUGUAUGUUCCUGACUGGGAAUAUUCAAUUCCAAGUGAAACCUCUUCUUCUGCACUGAAAAUUUUCAAAGUGAAAUGUGGAGUUCGGAGUGACACUGGACCUGCAUGCAAUGCUGUUGGAAUGAUAGAUCGUAAUGUUUUAGGCAUUCAACAUUUAUACAAGCGACCGAUCUAUGCACGGAUGAAGCAAUGCAGUAUCAAUUCCCCAGAUUAUGGUCCACUGCCUCCUAAUGCUCCAACCUGGUGCCAAGCACCUUUUGAUCCUGAAGGGCUCCUGAGUUCAGUGAUGGCCAUUGUUACUUGCUUGGUCGGUUUGCAUUAUGGGCACAUUAUUGUCCAUUUUAAGGAUCACAAAGAUAGGAUCCUGCACUGGAUAGUCCCAUCCUCUUGUCUUUUGGUCUUGGGAUUUGCCUUGGACUUCUUUGGGAUGCAUGUAAACAAGGCUCUUUACACACUUAGUUACAUGUGUGUCACCGCUGGUGCUGCUGGCAUUCUCUUUGCUGGAAUUUAUUUGAUGGUGGACAUGUAUGGAUAUAGACGCCCAACUAUUGUCAUGGAGUGGAUGGGGAUGCAUGCCUUAAUGAUUUAUAUUCUUGCAGCCUGCAAUAUUUUGCCUGUUUUUUUACAGGGAUUUUAUUGGCGGAGGCCUCAAAAUAACAUUUUUAGGUUGAUUGGAAUUGGGGCAUGAAGGGAUAAGAGACAAUCGACUCUCUCCCUUGCAUUCUGUCUCUGCUCAAUUUAUGUAGAAGGAAGUUAGAAUUUGGGCAAAUUCAUUAAAGCAUAGUUUUUAUUGAAUGUUUUACUUUUCAUUGUUAAUGAAACGUUGAAGAUUCCAUUGCUACA